CCGAAAACCGACCGCCUCAACCCCUACGGGCCUGAGACUUUCCUCUCCAACUCUGCCAGCUACAGGAUCCCCACCCCCAAUCUUGGACCAGGCGCCCCCAAUCCCUUCUUCAUCCACUCGCCCACUUCCCUGAACCCUGCUCCCUAUCUGUGCCCCUUCAGUGUCCCCUGAGGCCCCCAACACUGGCCAACUUCUUUCCCCUCAUCCUCAAGCCUCGGUUCCCAGCCCAGCUGGCCCCGCGCCUCCACUGAAGCGGUCCCUGAGUCCCGCUUGCUUCCAUCUUCCGUGCCCCUUUCUCCCCACCGUCCUGAAAGUUGCCCCUCCUCACGCCAUGCCCCACAUCUUCAGCGUGUCUCCGAUUUCGGCCAGCACCCCUUUCCACUCGACCAGCAUCCCCUCCGACUUCAUCCCGCUUCUAGCUGGUCCUCCGCUAGCAGCCUCGACCCCGGGCUUUGCUGGAGGGAAGACAGAGAAAAAGCUAGAAGGCAUGAAGUUCCCGGCCCUCCUGUGGCUCAACUGUACCCCUGCCCCCGAACAGGGCUACAGUUCCUCAGGGGAGCUCCCGCAUGGGCAUACCGAGGUGGAGUUUGGGAGCCAGUUGGAGGACACCACAGAGUCCCCACAGAAGAAGUAUGACAGGGCCGUCAUGAUCAGUGCCUGUGAGCGUGGCUGCCGCCUCUUCUCCAUCUGCCGCUUUGUAGCCAGGAGCUCCAAGCCCAAUGCCACCCAGGCUGAGUGUGAAGCAGCCUGUGUGGAGGCCUAUGUGAAGGAGACCGAGCAGCAUGCCUGCAGCGAGGGCUGCUGGAGCCAAAACCCAGAACCUGAGCCUGAGGAGCCCCAGCCUGAGCAGAAGAGAAAGGUCCUAGAAGCUCCAAGUGGGGCUGUCUCGCUCCUGGACUUGUUUUCCACCCUCUGCAAUGAUCUUGUCAACUCGGCCCAGGGCUUCGUCUCCUCCACCUGGACAUACUACCUGCAGACUGACAAUGGGAAGGUGGUGGUGUUCCAGACCCAGCCUGUGGUGGAGACCCUGGGGCGCGAGGGGGCCCGUCUGCAACGAGUCGAGGUGACCUGGCGUGGAUCCCACCCUGAAGCUUUGGAGGUGCACGUUGACCCCGUAGGCCCCUUGGACAAGGUGAGGAAGGCCAAGAUCCGAGUAAAGACCAGCAGCAAAGCCAAGGUGGAGUCGGAUGAAUUGCAGGACAAUGACUUCCUCAGUUGCAUGUCUCGGCGUUCUGGGCUUCCUCGCUGGAUCCUGGCCUGCUGCCUUUUCCUCUCGGUGCUGGUGAUGCUGUGGCUGAGCUGCUCUACUCUGGUGACCGCACCAGGCCAGCACCUCAAGUUCCAGCCCCUGACCCUGGAGCAGCACAAGGGUUUCAUGGUAGAGCCUGACUGGCCCUUAUACCCUCCCCCAUCGCACUCCUUUGGGGACAGCCCCCCAUCCUACAAGUUGAAACUGGACUUGACCAAGCUGUAGGCCUCCAUCUGCUCCCCAGAGUGGCUAAGUGUGUGGUUCCUUGGGUCUUGCUUCCCUGCACCCUGGAGAUGAGGCCAGGGUGGGACCUUCCCAGGGCUCCUUCUCACCCCAAACCUUUUCUCCCCAGCCCUGCUCCUCACCCUUUGGUUCUGGGUUAGCCACACUCCUGCUGGGGGCUGGGGAGCGCAAUCUGACCUUGGUUUCUCCCCAUCCCCUUUUACCCAGAACGUGAUACUUUCUGUCUUUGUGGUGUAGCUUCUUGAGUAUUUGAACCCCAGUUCUACGCUGCCUUAUUCCUCCCACUUCUCUUCCCUCUCUGGGGGGCUGAGGCCACUGGGAAGCCACCUUAUCUAAGAGGCUCCGUGUUUCUUCCCACCCCACCUCUGGAGAUCCAGCCCUGAGACAUGAACCUCACCACAUGCUGGAGGGGGGGCAGCUGGGGUUGGAGUUGCAGCAUGGGGAUCGGGGAGGAAUAAACCAUGUAU